UAGAAUGAUUAGCAUAAUUGUAAACUAGAAUAUUAUGUUUACCUAUUUCAUCAACAUAAUAGAACCAUUUUUUCUAUUUAGAGAUAUUGUAUGGAAUGUCACAUCAUUUUUUCUCGCGCGAACGGACCCUUGUUGGGAUUGUAAUUUUUGUUUUUGCGAUAUACAUCAUGUAUAACACUUCUUGGAGUUCUGGUUUAUCGUUCACAACUUUGCAUGGAGAAUACCCAAAAAAUCCAACAAGGAAAUCGAAAUACCGUCAUCCCUUCUGUGGAAACAUCUUGUAUAACUUGACUAACGGUCGGUGGAUAAAACAGAUUUAUAGUGUCAGUGAAAAUGAGGAGGAAUACAAGAAAUUACUAACACAAGAAAAUAAAUUAGAUUCACAUUUGAGUGAAUUUCGUAUAAAGCGAGGAAUUCAUACGCGUCUUUGGAGAGAUGAUAACAAAUGUGGAUUCAAUAACGUACAGUCUAAGCCAAAAGGAAAUGCGUGGGCAGCUCCAGCUGGAAGUUGGUGCGAUGCAAAAAGUAAGAUACCAUGCUGCAGCGAUAUUAACGAUGGCCAAUGUGGUAUCAUUUGUGACUGCCCUAAUUGCGUCGAUACCAGGAAGAUAUAUCACGCUGAAAUAAGUGAUUGGUUUCCAUUUGAUUCCUCAUGUCGGCGACGAAACUACACAGCAGCACAAGCUUGUGAAGUUGUCAAUCGAUUCUCUCAAAUAUAUUUCCUUGGUGAUUCAUUUGUGAGAAAAAUGGCACGAGGUUUUGUUUUGACCCUAAGGUCCGAUCCAACGUAUGGAUUUUUACUGGAACGCUACGAUGAAAAACUCACAAAAUUAUGUGUAGGUGUUGAUCAAUUUUAUUGGACAGAAUGCAAAGCAGGUGCUGGAAAUAUAUUGGAUAUGCUUGUUGACAAAACAUCUUUCUGCGGAAUACAUACACCAUUUAUCAGUGUAAACGAAUAUUACAAUCACGCAUUUGCAAAUGACUUUUUAAGUUUGGUGAAAAAUUUGGCUGGGAAAGUUGGUUCAGUUUUGCUGGUCGGGCAAGGUGGGCAUGACGGUUGUAACUCCAAAGUGACGAUUAACAAUUUUCUCGGUCCAGCAAUUAAAUACUUGGAAGAUCACUACAGAGAUUCUCAUAAAAAUAAUACUAAAUUUGGAAAAAACUUCAAAGUGGUGAGGCGAUGGCCACAUAUUAUUUUUAUGUAUCCUGACUCCAAUGGGAUACUAAAACCAAAAGCAUAUCAUGCAGCAAACGGUAAUAUCGUUUGUAAACAAUUUUCCAAGGAAAUGAAAGUGUAUUGCGAUGCUCAUAAUAUUCCUGUACUCGAUUUUUACAGUCUUACAUCAGGAGUUCAUAGUUAUGAUGGAGCACAUCACGGUCUAGGAGCAAAUAUUAUGAAAGUACAACUUUUACUCAAUUACCUUGAUUAUAUUUUUUAGGUUUACCAGUAAAGAGUGUUUUUUUUCAAAUUAUAAUGAUUGAUCACUAUAGUACUUACAUAUGUAUGUGCUAUUUAUAAGAAAUUAUAAGAAUUAUUCGCAACAAGAAAAGACUUGAAAUUAAAAACUCAAUUUAAACAACAUUGAAUGAAAUAAAGGAAUGUGAAUAGAAUCUAUCUUUACGCAAUGCAUUUUAGUUGCUCUGUCUUCUAUUCAUUACUAGAGUAAAUCUUUCCUUUUUCUCCAAAUUUUUAAGAAUAUUUUUUAAUCAUGCUAAAAUUAUUUACUAAAUUUGAAAUGUCUGUAGAGAGAUUGUGUUUAAAAUAUUAUCACUAUUUUGGAGAUAACCAUUCAUAAAGAUUUAAAAAAUCUGAGAAUUUUUAAACAGUUAUACAAUGUUCAAUAAAUUUUGUUUAAAUUAUCACAAAAUUAAAUCGUUUGAAUAUUGAACUGAAAUAGAAA